AUGAGUGCCGGCCAGAACAAUCCUCCCCUCAACGUACGGCAAAUUCUUUCCGAGUCUGCCUCCUGGUCGGAGGCAAAUGAGUCUGCCCUUCUAGAGCCAUUCACACAUAUAUUCUCCAUUCCGGGGAAAGAAAUCCGAGGGCAGAUGAUCGCUGCGUUCAAUGCGUGGCUAAAUGUUCCAACGGACAAAUUAGCGAUCAUCUCCAAGGUAGUCAGUAUGCUGCACACCGCGAGCUUGCUAGUAGACGACAUCGAGGACGACGCGCAGCUCCGAAGAGGAGUGCCUGUUGCCCACAAGAUAUACGGCAUACCGCAAACGAUCAACUCCGCAAAUUAUGUGUACUUUCUGGCGUACCAGGAGCUGUUUGCUCUGCGCUCUGGAGUCGGUGCCGACGAUGACGCUCGAGAACGUCUAGUACCUUUCAAUGAGUUGGAUCGCGUCGUCACAGCCGAACUUCUCUCUCUCCACCGCGGUCAGGGUCUUGAGCUUCUCUGGCGUGACUCGCUGCAGUGUCCUACCGAGGAGGAAUAUGUGUCGAUGGUGAACAACAAGACUGGCGGCCUCUUUCGAGUCGCGGUCAAGCUCAUGAUGGCCUGCUCGACCACAAAUAUCACGGUUGACUAUGUACCGCUUGUGAAUCUGUUUGGCGUGUACUUCCAGAUCCGAGAUGAUUACAUGAACCUUCAGAGCACGCAGUACGCUGAGAACAAGGGCUUCGCAGAGGACCUGACGGAGGGGAAGUUCAGCUUCCCCAUCGUCCACGGUGUCCGCGCAGACACGUCAAACAGACAGCUCUUGAACGUACUCCAGAAGCGACCCACCACCCCGACGCUGAAGACUCACGCGAUCGGCUAUCUGCGCGACCACACGAAGUCGUUCACCUACACCAUCAGCGUCAUGGAUGAUCUCGAAGUGCAGAUCAGAGAGGAGAUCACGCGACUGGGGGGUAACGCGCGGCUGGAGAAGAUCAUGGACACUCUGCAUGUUGAGCGGCCUCCAACUUCUCAAUAAGCACAUAUUUCACGCUCUUGAAUUCAGCCAUAGCGCGGCCACCUGUCACGUCGUGCGCUCAUAUCACAGAAACCUCUUCAUUCG